AUAACUUGACGCUAGCUUUACGUUUUCAGUUUUAAGUGGCAAAAACAGCACGUACUGCGGACAAUGUCCUACCAAUUCAUUAUUGUGGGUAUCUUAUCAAGACAAUGUUGUACUAUGGCUUCCUUUAGUACAGCUCCUACGUUUUAAGACAACGUAUAUUUGGGACGGAGAAUGACGCAGGAUUUUCACUGAGCUGCAGAGCGUCAAGUUUACAUACUGUUGACAUAACCAGACUACAGGAGAAGACGGCGGCGGGGCAAAUCCGAGUCACAAGACUUCUUCACUGAGCUGGACCUCUGUUGUUCUCCUCCACAGGAUCUGAAGGGAUGGACAGCUCCGGGUUCCGCACCGGGAGCUUUGACAGCCUUUACCACCCCAGUGAGGAUGAUGAUGACGAGAUGGUGGACAUCGCAGGAGCCACAUUGGACUUUACCAGCACGGACGACGACCCCCCCCUCGUCUCAGGAGGUUAUGAGGAGCGCAGCAGUGCAGCCAGUAUGAACGGUCAGGGCCCCAGCAAACUUGUGGACCCACUGGACGACCCGCUGCCCGGGUUGGGCACCUACGAAGACUUCAACACCAUCGACUGGGUCCGAGAGAAGAGCAAGGACCGCGACAGGCACCGAGAGAUCACCAAUAAAAGCAGACAGUCGACUGUGGCUCUGCUGCACAGCGUCAGCGACGCCUUCUCUGGAUGGUUGCUCAUGCUGCUGGUGGGACUCAUGUCAGGUGCUCUCGCCGGCGGCAUCGACAUCGCAGCCCACUGGCUGACGGACAUGAAGGAAGGGCUUUGUCUCACCGGCUUCUGGUUCAACCACGAGCACUGCUGCUGGACGUCCAACGAGACGACGUUUCAGGAGCGGGACCGGUGUCCACAGUGGCAGAGCUGGGCUGAGCUCAUAACGGGGACAUCAGAGGGUCCGUUCGCCUACAUCGUGAACUACCUGAUGUACAUCUUCUGGGCUUUACUCUUCGCUUUCCUGGCCGUCGCACUGGUCCGGGCCUUCGCUCCGUACGCAUGCGGCUCAGGGAUACCAGAGAUCAAAACCAUCCUGAGUGGGUUCAUCAUCCGCGGCUACCUGGGGAAGUGGACCCUGAUCAUCAAGACCAUCACCCUGGUGUUGGCCGUCUCCUCUGGGCUCAGCUUAGGGAAGGAGGGCCCUCUGGUGCACGUGGCCUGCUGCUGCGCUAACAUACUGUGUCAUCUGUUCACCAAAUACCGCAAGAACGAGGCCAAGCGGAGAGAGGUGUUAUCUGCAGCGGCGGCGGUGGGCGUGUCUGUGGCCUUCGGUGCUCCCAUUGGAGGAGUCCUGUUCAGUCUGGAGGAGGUGAGUUAUUACUUCCCUCUGAAGACCCUGUGGCGCUCUUUCUUCGCCGCCCUGGUCGCAGCCUUCACUCUGCGCUCCAUCAACCCGUUUGGAAACAGCCGCCUGGUGCUGUUCUUCGUGGAGUUUCACGCCCCGUGGCACCUGGUGGAGCUGGCCCCCUUCAUCCUGCUGGGGAUAUUCGGAGGCCUCUGGGGGGCGCUGUUCAUCAGGGCCAACAUUGCCUGGUGCAGGAGACGUAAAUCUACUCGUCUGGGUCACUUCCCUGUCAUUGAGGUGCUGGUGGUCGCAGCGGUGACCGCCGUGAUCGCCUAUCCAAACAGCUACACCAGGAUGAGCGGAGCGGAGCUCAUCGCUGAGCUGUUCAACGACUGCUCGCUGCUCGACUCCUCGCAGCUCUGCGGCUACAAACAGCCAACCAACACAUCAGAAACAGGUGUAGGUAACAGCCUCGCUGACCGGCCCGCGGGGGCAGGCCUGUACACCGCCCUGUGGCAGCUGGCCCUGGCCUUAGGCUUCAAGAUGAUCAUCACCGUGAUCACCUUCGGCAUGAAGGUUCCCUCCGGACUCUUCAUCCCCAGCAUGGCAGUCGGAGCCAUAGCCGGGAGACUGCUGGGUGUCGGCAUGGAGCAGCUGGCCUACUACAACCACGACUGGUUCCUCUUCAAAGGCUGGUGCUCGCCGGGAGCCGACUGCAUUACGCCGGGGCUCUACGCCAUGGUGGGAGCCGCCGCGUGCUUAGGUGGAGUGACUCGUAUGACGGUGUCGCUGGUCGUCAUCAUGUUCGAGCUGACGGGCGGUCUAGAGUACAUCGUGCCCCUCAUGGCUGCGACCAUGACCAGCAAGUGGGUGGCAGAUGCUUUCGGAAGAGAGGGAAUCUAUGAGGCUCACAUCCGGCUGAACGGAUACCCCUUCCUGGAGCCCAAAGAGGAGUUUGAUCACAGCAGCCUGACUGUGGACGUGAUGAGGCCCAGGAGGUCGGACCCAGCGCUGGCCGUGCUCACGCAGGAGAGCAUGACCGUAGGGGAGGUGGAGGCCUUGGUGGAGAGCACGCACUACAGUGGCUUCCCUGUGGUCGUCUCUCAGGAGUCCCAGAGGCUGGUGGGGUUUGUGCUCAGAAGAGACCUGAUCAUAUCAAUAGACAACGCCCGGAAGCGGCAGGAAGGCAUCGUCAGCGCUUCCCAGGUGCUCUUCACAGAGCAUGCUCCGGCUCAGGACGCCGACGGGCCCCCGCCCCUCCGCCUCAGAGGCAUCCUGGACCUGAGCCCCUUCACGGUCACAGACCACACACCUAUGGACAUCACUGUGGAUAUUUUCAGGAAGCUGGGGCUGCGUCAGUGUCUGGUUACACAUAACGGGAGGCUGCUGGGAAUCAUCACUAAAAAAGACAUACUGAAACACAUGGCGCAGAUCGCCAACAGAGACCCCGACUCCAUCCUCUUCAACUGAACUCCUCCGUCCUUUCCUCUUCGUCAUCCUUCCUUCCUCCCUCUGCAGAGCAGCGGAGGAGAAGAAGAAGAAGAAGAAGAAGACACCAGUUUGCACACUCUGAACGAAAUGCACCUUUUUACCUCUUCAGCCGUCAGAAGGCUGUUGGGAGAAAGUGAGUCGAGCUCCAUUUGCACUGGCGACUAGAGAACAAUGGAUCUUUUUUUUUUUAUUUGUGUGUGAGAUGGAGGCGUUCUUUGGCUUUCUGAAAGAGACCGCUGGAAAACAAAAAGCCCUCAGAAUAAAUGACUCACCCUCGCUGACACUGCUGGCCCCAAUUUCAAUGUUGAGGAUGUAGCACAGACACACAUGAGAAGUAAGGAGAAGCUCACAUCUGCUCCUUUUUUAGCCCUUUUCCAUUCUCCUUUUAUUUCUCCUUAUUUUUUGUUAACGCGAGAAAUCCUUCUUAUCGACCACAUCUUCAGAGAACACAUUGAGGAGGGGGCGGGGGCAGAUCAUCUGGGAAGAUAAAGAGAGUCGGGGAGCUCCGUGCCUGCCCUCCAGACGGAACACUCUGAGCUGGGUUGAUGGAUGCUCGGCCAUCUCCCCCCCCCCUCCCUCCCUCUCCCUCCCUCUCUUUCUGUGAGGUUUCCUGGGGGCCUCGGGGCCGAAGCAAACAGGAGUGUGAGAAGAGGAUCUAAUACGCACACUUACACUCCAUAAAGGCUUCAUGACAGCCUGGGAACUCUCCACAAACGUCUUUGUUUAGUCCUAUAGGCUCUUGUGAUUAGUACCACGCCGUGAGACUGCAGCCUGGGAACUGUGCGGCGUCGUCGUGCCACACGGACGUGGUCGUUAUAUUCCAAUACAAAUAAUCAUGCACGCAUAAUGACGAUGCUGCGAGAAAAAAACCAUGUCAUGCCUUAAAGAAGGGGGGGUCGGUGUUUCUGUCUGAAGGGCUACAAACAAAAUGCAAAGAGAGAAUCAUGACGCAUAAAUUAAUUUAUGGAAAUGUAAAAUUGUUUGUCUCACUAAAUUAUUUCACUGACUUCAACGUGUCUGUUUCUUUCUCAUCCUGUGACUCUUUGCAGUCGUGUUUGAAUCUUUUAUUUUCAUUAGAUUAAUCGGAAAUAAAUAAUCUGACUAAAAAAACAUUGGUCUAAUCAAACUACUGAUGUCUGGCAGAGACUUUAUCUUUUACAAAGGCAGCUCCUGAUAAUCCACACGUCAUACCACUUCUCUUUCAUGAGCACAACAAUAUUAUUCUGGAUUAUUUUUAACUUUUUGGGCCCCUUUUUUCCCCCUCCAGCUCGUACGAGGCUCCUUUGGGCGCAGAAAGGUCACGUGUCCGGGCAAUAAGGGUUUUUCUGUUUGCUUUGUUUUCUCUGUCGGCACGAUUACAGACUACAGCCACGGUUACAUGUUUGCAGGGGAAAUGGCAUCCGAUCCAUCUGAAGGAGAAUCUACCGGGUGAUCCACAACUUCCAAGACCACUGAAUCUAUAAAACGAGUUUGAUUGAUUGAAAUUGACUUCAUAAAAACGAAUGUAACAACAAUGAAAGUUCCUUUUUUCAGUGGUGUCCUUUUUGAAUGUGUUAUUGCACAGUGUGUGCCAGCAUUUUGUGAUGUCUUUAUUAAAACAUCUGUUUCUCCGUUGACAUGCGUUGCGACACAAACCCACUAUGAA